AUUUGUUUCCACUAGUAUAAAAAGACAGAAACGCCAUCAUUAAAUGAUCCGUCAUUCCAAUCGUUUUCCGUGUAAAAAUACUUCUAACAACACAACAUUUCCAACAAAACAUACCAUACCACAAUGACAUUUUAUAAGCUCAAUUCUUUGGUACUUUUUAUAUUCUUUUCCUUCUCUUUGUUCCUACACGACUCCUAUUCCAUUGAAGAACAACCAAGUGAUGAUAUUAACUGGUGGUGUAGCACUACUCCUCAUCCUGAACCAUGUAAGUACUUCAUGGCCGAUGUUGCCCCCGAACGUUACAAACCGAAAGGUAAAGAAGAGUUUCGAACCAUGACCACCGAGGCCGCCUUGGAGCAAGCCCUCCUAAUACAAAGCCAAGCAAAAAAAAUGGGCCAGCACUGCCGCGGAAAACGAAAGAAACUAGUCUGGAUGGAUUGUGACAAGCUCAUUGACGACACCAUCCUCCAAUUAAACCGUACUCUUCAUGGCAUCCAAUUCAACUCCACUUCCUGUUCCGAUUUCGAUGCUCAAACUUGGCUCAGCGCAUCGUUAACAAAUAUUGAAACAUGUCUAUCAGGUUCAAAUCAACUCAAUGUCUCAAAUGUCCUACAUCCAACUUUAUCCACUAAUGUCUCUCAAUUGAUUAGCAAUAGUUUGGCUAUUAAUGGGGAGCUUGUGGAUUCGCAAAAUUCAACACAAGUAGAUGGAUUUCCAAGUUGGGUUACGGCUAGGGAAAGAAAGUUGUUACAAUCUACAACGAGGAGCUUAGCUUCAAAGGCAAUUUACGUGGUGGCUCAAGAUGGAUCAGGGAAUUUUCGGUCUAUUCAGGCUGCAAUAAAUGCAGUCUCAAAGAAAGUUACAAAUCAGAGGACUAUCAUAUAUAUUAAAAAAGGUGUAUAUAGAGAAAAUGUGGCUAUAGGGCCUGGAAUUAGUAAGAUUAUGUUAGUUGGUGCUGGUUUGAGAUACACAAUUAUUACAGGUAGCCGAAGUGCUGCUGGAGGUUUCACAACUUACAGUACUGCAACUGUUGGGGUAGAUGGAAAUGGAUUCAUUGCUCGUGGCAUAACAUUCCGAAACACAGCAGGUCCAAAAAAUGGUCAAGCAGUAGCUCUCCGAUCAGCAUCUGAUCUUUCAGUAUUCUACGCCUGUGGCUUCGAAGGUUACCAAGACACAAUCUUUGUCCAAUCCCAACGACAAUUCUACAAAACAUGUCAUAUAUAUGGGACAAUAGACUUCAUAUUCGGCAAUGCCGCUGUUGUUUUCCAAAAUUGUAUCAUUUUUGUCAGAAGACCCCUAGUUGGCCAAGUCAAUGUGAUCACAGCUCAAGGCAGAGGUGACCCUUUUCAGAACACUGGAAUAUCAAUUCACAAUUCGAGAAUAACAGCAUCACCGAGCCUUAAGCCAGUGGUUCGAACAUUUCAGACAUAUUUGGGUCGUCCGUGGCAGGAAUAUUCAAGAACGGUUAUAAUAAGGUCUUAUAUUGAUGGUUUGGUUAAUCCAUCAGGAUGGUUACCAUGGCUGAAUUCUGAUUUCGCAUUUAAAACUUUGUAUUAUGGGGAGCAUGGUAAUUGGGGUCCUGGUGCUUCGACUAGAAAUAGGGUGAAGUGGCCUGGUUACCAUGUUAUAACCAAUACAAACGAAGCUUCAAAAUUUACUGUUGCGAAUCUCAUAGGUGGUCGCUCAUGGCUGCCUUCUACUGGUGUGCCAUUCACCGCAGGGCUGUGAAUUGAUAUUAUAUAUUAUUUGUGUAAUAUUCUAAUUAUUUUCCAUUGAUUAUUUUGUACAUGUAUCGUGAACAUUGUGAAAAUAUUCUACUAUAGUAUCGAUAAGUAUUAUUUAUCCUUUUUA